GCUGAGCUGUAUAGAGUAUUUAUUCGCCGCGCGUGCCGCGGGCCGUAGGUCGCUCGUGGACUGUACGGGGCCGGCGCUCCCCGUGCGUGUUGUCGUUGAUCGAGUCGUAGUUAAGUGACUAGUAUGAGUGACAGGGACCGGUCGUCGCCUUCCCUAACGGACACCCCGCUCAAGACGUACAUCGGCCGCCACGACGACGACUACCCUUUAAUAAACGGAAACGAUUUCCUGAGCCACGGGGCGAGUUUCAACAAAAAAUACGGCAAGUCGGUGAACAGUAAGGAUGUGCUCGAAGACAAGAAAGAUGACAACGAGCUGUGGGAGGCGCAGGCUGCCUUCCUCGGCCCCAACCUGUGGGACAAGACGCUACCCUAUGAUCCAGAUCUCAAGGUACAAGAAUACGUGGACCUAGACGAGUUCCUGUCGGAGAAUGGCAUGCCGGGCGAGGGCCUCGGCGGCGGGCACCUGGGCGGCUCCGCGUUCGGCCCGGCCGCCGGGUUGGCGCUGGGCCUGCAGGCGCCCGUCACCAAGCGGGAGCGCUCGCCUUCGCCGUCCGACUGCAUGAGCCCGGACACCAUCAACCCGCCGCUAUCUCCCGCCGACUCCACAUUCUCAAUGGCGUCGUCGGGACGUGACUUCGACCCACGGACGCGUGCCUUCUCCGACGAGGAGCUCAAGCCGCAGCCCAUGAUCAAGAAGUCGCGGAAACAGGUAAAUGAUGUCCACGGUCUAAAGCACACGGGCCGGCGCGACUCCGCCGCGGCUCCCCGGCUACCGCAGAUAUUGUGCCACACGGCACUGGCUUCUCACGAGGGAGGUAUGAGUGUGUGGCGCGGCGUGCUAACCCCCUAUCGACGUCGCCGGCAGUUCGUGCCCGACGACCUGAAGGAUGACAAGUACUGGGCGCGCCGGCGGAAGAACAACAUGGCAGCCAAGCGGUCGCGCGACGCGCGCCGCAUGAAGGAGAACCAGAUCGCCCUGCGCGCCGGCUACCUCGAGAAAGAGAACAUGGGCCUGAGACAAGAGGUGGAGUUGCUGAAGAAAGAGAACCACAUUCUGCGCGAGAAGCUCUCCAAGUACGCGGACGUGUAGGCGGCAGCGACCGCACAAACACACCACCAUGUGAGGCGUCCGCCGCGAGCCGCGAGCCGCGUGCCGAGCCGCCCCGCGCCACGCCGCGCCGCUCGAGCUCGGUCCGCCGCGCCCCGCCGACUGCUGACCCUCGCUGCCCGCUCACUCAGGACUCCUCUUGCCAUCGAUCGCUCUCAUCGCGCUUAGGCUCGUAUUACUAGAUCCUUCUCGAGCGUAAGAUCGAUCCGAUCUCAGACUUAUCGCUGGCCUCGGGACCCGACGCCUGGAGUCGGCCGCGUGAACGAAACGCCAGUUCUCUGAUCGAGAACGAUUCGCUAAUACGGGCCUGAGACAGCCAGAGGUCCCAAGUUUUAUUGUUUCACCACCUCCGUUAGCGACCUCCAGCGAGUCGACUAACGUCUGAUGUUUCCCAGUUUAUGUUAAAAGUUAUUGUUAAGAAUCGUUAUACAGUUACCGUAAGUUAAUUUAGUGUAGGUGAUAACCAAAGUUCCCAGCUGUUCUGUCGUAUCCUUGGCCUAGGAGUCGCACCAGGGUCAGACCCGGACCGAUGGCGAGCGGUGACGUCACUCGUUACGAACCGUUCGCACUAAUUAUACAUUUACCAAACACGUUCCGCGCUCGUGCUUUAUCUAAUAAUUUACCUAGGCACGUUCGCAUCGUCCAACACUGUAGCGUCACAUGUAUGUAUGCCUGAUUACAAAGGCAUUUGCAAAUGAGUCCCAGGAACGUGGCCGCCGAGUCACACGCCGAGCCGCGGGGCAUGGCGGGUAAAUGUGCUUCAGUGCGAACCUAGAGUUAGUUGACACCGCCGAUAGAUUGCUCAAGUGGCGUUAAUGCGCAAGUGUAGGCUGCGUCUGUAUAUAGAUAGUCGUAAUAUUGUGUCUCGCGCCUGCCGCCGGGUUCGCAACAUCUGCCAAUAAAGCUGUUAAUUAAAUUAAAAAGACUUUGUUAUAAUAUUUAUACGGGUUUACUUGAUAGAAUUGUUACUUCUUGAUGGAAAUUUAUAUUGACCAUAGUUAAAUAAGGCACUUUAAACACAAUAUUCCGCUAUUCAUUCUAGAAAUCCCCAAUUUUAAUUAUAGGUUGUGUGUCGCUGAAAACGAGUCACAACCGGUGGUUGAAAUUGCACAUUUUUACAAUAAAUAGCGCAAAGUGUCUCAUUUAAUCAUCGUUAGGGGGGUUAGUUAAGAACGGCUGGACUCAGACCCGGCGGUGAGCUGCGCGUCGCGCUGGGCGGACGCGCUCGCACUGCUCGGGCUCGCCCGACCCCGUCCGUCUGUCCCCGCAGCCGCGUCCGCCCUCGCCUCCCCCUGCCCCCUGUCCCUGCCCCCUACCCCCUGCCCCACACACCACGAGCAGGCUCGGAUUUUGUACUUCUACUAUUAUUUAAGACCCCUUCCUUCUUAUUUAAGCCCUCAAACGGAAAUGCUACACCAGAAUAAUAUAAUUUUAUACCAUUAUGAUGCAUUUUAUAUUUCACUUACUUUAAUCAUAUUUGCAUACAAUAAAUUACUGAAUAUUGGUGUUCCUUUGAAAAAUAAUACAUACUACAAUUUUGCAUAAAUGUUAUAUCUUUAAUAAUAUUUGGCCACAACUUUUGACGUACUCAGAUCCAGGUCUGCCCCAUCCCCCGUCCCCCGCCCCCCCGCGCCCCCCGCCCCACUCCCGCUCCCCGCCCGCUUGUAGACUGCUCCGUUGAGAUUAGUAUCGCGCGGCGCUAGCCGCUAGGUUGUGAGCGCCCGCGCGUUCCGUUCCCGUAGUGAGCGAACACUAGUUUCGUUUCGAUAAUCAUAGUAAAUAGUGUAAGUAGUAGGUAGUGCGUAGCGUAGUUGUUAUUAGUAUAUUUUUGUUAUGGCUGUAGUUGUUAACGUUUUGAAAGUUUAUAUAUAAUUUGGUUUAGUUGUAACGCGCCGCGGCCGCCACUGCGCACCGACCGCAUCUCUCCGCACUCUAUACGACUCUCGCUAAUCUUAUAAUAUAUUUUUGUAGAUUUUUGUCGUUGAUAAAUGAGUCAAUUGUAUGUUUAUUGAAUUGAUAAAAUUAAUGUUUAUGAAGUUAAGACUAAGAAGUUGUUGCAUUUGAAAGUAUUUUAUGACUUGGAGCGAGAACAAUAAAACGUUUUUUUUAUAAAUGUUUACAUGUAACAGACUCUAUGUACGGAGGCGUGACGGUUGACUUUGAAAUGCACUGUUUCAUAUCAAGUGAUAUUAUUGUAUUAUGUAAUGAUUCGGCCGCGCCCGCGCCAAGCCGUUUGAUAUUCCCUCUUGUUUGUUGAACAUAUUGUAAUAUACAUUAAAUUAUUAUCCAAUGAAUAUCGUGUACGAUACUUUUACAUGCAUGUAAUUGUUUAUCCGGAAUUUGUAAUAAAUGUGUAUAAAGUUGUAACGUGUAAGGUGUCGUGAUAGGAAGGAGUGGAGUAUAUGACCUCUAUUUAUUUAUUUAGUCCCUCUUUUGCCGUAAGAUUCGCCUUAUGUGUAAACACUCUGCGACAACACAAACCAUAUUGAUGUACGAGUAGUAUUUGUUUCAUUUAAUUUAUAUGGUUCUAUGGAUUCAAAUAAACGUUAAUUGUUGUA